AUGGAUAAUAUAGUUGACAUAAAGUAAAAAAAAAAAGGUACAAAAGAUAAAUCUGCUUUAUCUAAAAACAUUGAAGAAUCUAGUUUAAUAUCUCAUAUAAAUGAAAACACAAAUGUAUUUUCUCAAUUAUCUGCAAUAUAUUAAUAAAAAAAAGCUGUUGUUGAUUCUGAAUACGUCUAAAAAAUUAACUCUAAUGCUAAAAUAGAAGAAUUAUAAACUUAAGAAUUUUAAAAUAAUAGUUUACCUGGUGAAAUAUAAUAAUAACUAAACUAAUUAAACAAAAAAAACCAAAUUACAAAACUUAAAGCAUUAAAUAAUUUGAAAGAGUUAUUAAAAAACUAAGAAGGUGAAGAUUUUUUCGUUUAAUUUAGCAAUACAUGGUCUUAUUUUUACAAAUAAUUUAUGAAUUCAGAAUAUGAAAGAAAAAUAUUCGAAGAAUCAAACUAAAUAUUAUUAAUUUUAAUUAAAAAGAACAAGAAAUGCAUUUAGCCGAUUUUUAAAUAAAUAUUUCCCUUUCUUUUUUUACAAAUGAAUGAUCCAUAAUAAGAAACAAGUAUUUUAGCAAAAGAAUGUUUUUUUGAAAUUUUUCCUUCAAUAGAAAAAUAAGAACAAGCUUUUUUUUUAGCUUUUUAAUCUUAUUUUAAUCACCUAAAUUACGUCUUUUAAAUCUCACAAAAAUAAAUUAAAUAGGAAAAUCUUAACUUAGAUGAUCAUUAAGCUUAAGAAAUAUACGAUAGAAUAGUUAUUUGUGCUCUAAAAUCAAUUGAAAUGGGUAAUGAAAUUAUUAAAGAAGAAAAAAAAAGAGAAGAAUAUUUAAAAAAAAUCUAAGAAAUUAUUUUUUAAGGUCAAAAAAUUAUUGUUUUGGACUUAUUAAGUAAAAAAAGUAUAAAAAUAAAAGCCUCAUCUAUAGAAUUAAUAGGAACUUUAAUGAUAAUUUUAAAUGAGGAAUGUAUAAGGAAACAUAUAGAGGUUUUGUGUAAAAAUAUACUCUUUUUUUUGGACGAAAAAGAGAGAAGUAUAUAAAAUGCACUUUGGAAAAAUAGAAGCUUAAUCAAAAUUAUCGAUAAAGGGAAUUAGUUUAAUAUUUUAAUUAAAUGUGAUUUAAAAAUGAUGGAAAGUAAAUGCUUGGAAAUAAUAAAAAAAGGCGGAGGGGGCAUUGGAAAAUAUUUUUAUGAAAAUUUAUUAGUUUUUUUAAGUAAAAUACCAUUAUCUAAUAUUGAUUUAACGGAAAAUAAUGAGGAGAAAAUAAAAGAAAAAAUAAGUUUUUUAAAAAAAUAUUUAGAGGCGAUUUUAUUAGGUUUUCAAAAUGAUGAAAUAAGAUUUUUUUCAGAAAAUCUUAUAUAGUGUUUUUUUGAAAGUCUAUAUUUUAUUAUUAUAAAAAGAUUCUGGAAAGUACUCUUUAGUUAAGAAUGUUUAUUUAAAAAUCUUUAAAAAUAAAGCAAAAAUAUUAUCAGAGAAUCCCUUAUUUAAAUUUUAAAUAUUUAUAUAAAAGAAUAUAAUUAAGAUAAUAUAUAAAAUGUAUAUAAAAAAAUUCCGAAUUUCUAUGCUUAACUUUUAAGCCAUUUUACUAUAUAAGAAACAGAUAAUUAACAAUAAUAAUAAUAAUAAAAAUACGAUAUUGCUUUUGGAGACUUUAUUAUUGAAUUCAAAAGACUUUUUUCUAAUUAAUUUAAAAAAUCUGAAAUUCACCAAUUUAUUAAUUUCUUAAGUAUUAUAAAAGAAUUGAAAAAUAUAAAAAUUCUAAAAGAAAUAAAUCCUAGUGAAUAAUUUUGUACUUAUAUCGCACAUAUUUUCCAUUCGUUCAGAUCGGGGAAUGAUAAUUAAUAUGAGUAAAAUAUACUAGUUUUUCUAAAAGAAAAUAUAUUGAAAAAAAUCAACUAAAAUGAUCCGAAAAUAUAAUUUUUUUUAUGUUUAAUUUUACAUUUUGCACAUUUUAAUGUUCCGUCAUUGUAUUUUUCUGUGUAAAAGGAAAAUUUUAAUUAUUAAUUUUUAUAAAUAGAGGAUGUUAUGAGGAAUAUUUAAAAUUUCAAUAUAAAAAAUGAAACUUAUUUAAAAAACGAUGAAACUCUUGAAGAUUUCAUGGAGGAAAUUAUUGAUGUGUUUUUAUUUAAAAUAGAUAAGUUUUUGAGAAUUUCAAUGCCUAUAUUAGUCAGUAUAUGGCGAAAUUACCUAAAAGAGAAAAAUAAGUCAAAAAUAAUGCAAAAAAUAAUUCAAGAGAUCUAAAAAAGAGUUUUAAAUUAUACUAUUAAUUAAAAUAAAGAAUCUAAAAUACAAGAAGAGCUUGAGAAUUUAUAUCUUUUCUGCUCUUUUAUAAUUUACGACUAACAAAAUGAAUUUCUAGAGAAUAUUUUUUUAUAUAUAAGUACAUUAAUUGAACAAAAAGAAGAUUAAAAAGUGAAAAAAAUACUAUAAAUUUUAAAAAUAAUAAUCGAAAAAAAUGCUAUAUGUAAAACUUAUAUAUUGGAUAGUUUAAAGGAAGUUUUGGGUAAAAAAAUGACCACAAUUUUUAAUUAAGACAAUGAAAAUAAUAACAUAUAAGAAUAAGAAAAUUUCAUCAAUUUUUUAUAAACAACAUUUAGUUUUGUAGAUAAUAAUAAAAACAGAAAAAAAAAAGAGGAAAAUUUGGAAAAUAUAUCUCUUCAUAUUUUAUAGGAAAAAUUUUUUUCUUCUUAAAUUGUUUUUAGUGUUUUUUCUUGGAAAAUUCUAUUUGUUAUUUUUUCGUUUUUAGAAGAUUUUCUAAGUACUUUUUUGGAAAAUAAUAUACAAAAUAAACAACUUUUUUGGCUCUUAUUAAAUCUUCUUUCAACCUAAUAACUUCAUGCUUUAUAAAAAAGCAUUAAAAUGAAAAAAUUUUUCAAAUAAAUCUUGUUUGGGCAUAUUUUGCCACUUUUUUAGGCAAUUUAUAGUCAAAAUAAUGACUAAAUAAUGCCUUUUAUUUUAUAUUUUAUUAAUUAAAUCUUCUCUAAUUCAAUUUUAUAUAUAAAACCCUUCUAAUAAUUACUAAAUUACCUCCAAAAAAACGAAAAAAAUACAAAUUUCUUGACUAAAAUUUAUUAAUAAAAUCCAUAAAUAUUUACAUUAGAAAAUCUAGAAGAAAAUGAAGAAAAUUUAAUAAAAAAAUAUUAUUUUUUAAAAAACAUAUUAAUAAUUUUUCCUGAAGAAACAACUUAGAAUUUAAAAGAUUUUUUAUUAUCUUCCUUAUAUAAUGAGGAAAUAUCCAUUUUCUAAAAGGCUAUAUAUAUUGAUAUUUUAAAAGAUGGAUUUCCAAAUGAUUUUUAUACUACGGAAGGUUAAUAGAUAUAAAUAAAUGACUUUUUUUAAUACUAGAAUUAUUUCAAUUAAAAUGAAAAUAAUGAAAAUAUUAAAAUUUCUAUUUUUUUUGAUUUUUUAUCUUUUUUAUUUUCCAAAAACGAUGAUGAAAUUUCCAAUAUUUCCUCCAUUUUCGAAAUAGAAAAUCUUCUUAAAAAAGUCUUUUUUGAAAACUCCAAAACUAAAAAGUAGACUUCCAAUGUACUUAUUUCUUCACUUAUUUUUAUGAGAAAAAUGCUACCAAAAGCAUCACCUGAAUUUACAGAUUUUAUUUUACAUAAUACUAUAGAUACUUGUCUUUCAUAAAUUUAAGAAUUUUUUAAUAUAAACCAGCAAAAUUCUCAUCUUUUUCUAUAAUAAAAUCAUGAUUUGCUCUUUUUGGAAUUCGCAGAGACUAUUUCAAGGUUUGUUAAUGUUUUAAAUGAGUAUUUUGAUGAAAAUUUAGCCUACGAAUUACUCAAUUGUCCCUUCCCAGCAAUUUAAAAGAGCGCUUUUAUCCUACUUAAAUAAUUCUAUUUAGGCUUUUCUCCCAAAAUAACAUCUCUAUUACCUAAUAACGCUGAAAUUUCAGAAGAAAUUCUUCAAAAUCACGAACAUAUGAAUAUUUUAAACCUCUUAAAAUACCUAGAUAUCAACAACAACUAAUAAAACCCUUUAGAAGGUGAAGAAAUAAUUGACCCUUCUACAUAUUCACAUUUAAUGACCUGGAUUUGCUUAAUAUAUAAAUUAAAUAGCCCAGAAACUGACAAAAAUCAUGAAAUAGUAAAAAAAGCAAUAAAAUACCACCUUGAUGAAAACAAAAAUAUAUAUAAAUAAUUCCUUUCCCAACUUUUUUAAUAAAUAGACUUAUUAGAAAUAUCCGAAAAUACCCAAAAAUAACUCUUAACAGUAGAAUAAGUAUAAAACGUAAAUCCUGAAUGGUCCGAUUUACUAUCUAAAGAAUCACUCUUUUGUUUAUAAGUUUAAACCUUAUAUAUUUUUGCUUCACAUUUUCCUUUUUAUUUAAGAAAUUGGCUUGAAAAUACUGCUGAGAAAAAGCAUGUUAAAAUCGCUGAGUACUUAAUCAAAAGUUUUAUUAGUACUGCACUUUUCUUAAAAGAAAUAGACACAAUCGAAUUAAGUUAACAUGAAUGGUAGAGUGAAGAAUUCACAAUAUAUGUAACUAAAAAUACUAGGGAAAUAUUUGCUGUUUAUACUAAGGAAAAUCAAAAACUCGAAAUAAUUUUAAAAAUACCAAAUGAAUAUCCUAUUAAGCCAAUUUAAACGGAAAUAAAAAGAGGAAUGAAAGUUAAUUAAUAAAAAACAAAUAAAUGGAUGUUAAUGAUGAAAUCUUUACUUUUUAAUUAAAAUAACACUAUUAAAAAUGUACUGAUUAUGUGGAAAAAUAAUUUAGAUAAAGAACUUGAAGGAUUAGAAGAAUGCGCUAUUUGUUAUUAUGUAAUAAAUUCUACGACAGGAGAACUACCGAAAUUACCGUGUAAAACUUGCAAGAAGAAAUUCCACUCGGCUUGUAUUCAUAAAUGGUUUAAAUCUUCAAAUAAAAGUGAAUGUCCGUUAUGUAAAUCAUAGUUUUUAUGA